CCACCAUUUCACAUUGCCGUGGUCAUCGAGAUCAGAUCGAUCGAGUCAGCUCAAGGGGUGAAGCAGGCAUGGCUGCAUCCAGAUUCUACGUCACCUGCGCCCUCCUCCUGAUCGGUGUCGUGCUGCUGGGGCAGCAGGGGAUAGAGGGCGCCGUUGCCUGCCCCCAGUACUGCCUCGAAGUGGACUACGUGACCUGCCCGUCGUCCGGCUCCGAGAAGCUCCCGGCGAGGUGCAACUGCUGCCUGGCGCCCAAAGGCUGCACGCUCCAUCUCUCCGACGGGACGCAGCAGACUUGCUCUUAGCUGGGAUGGCUGAUCUGGACCAAAGACCAACCUGCUGCUUUGCCUGCGGGUUUUGGCAAAUAAGGCCUUGUUUAGUUCCCAAAAAAAUUUGCAAAAUUUUCCAGAUUCUUCGUCACAUCGAAUCUUUAGACACAUGCAUGA